AUGGCCUCUCCUAACAGGCUACUCCUGAACACCCUCCAUUGGCUCUCCCUCAGUAGAGGUCCCGCUUCGACCGGGCAUUCAACGGAACUCAUCACGGAGGAUGCGUACUUCUACGGUCAGUCUCCUCCUGUCUACCCAUCUCCAAAGAUGGAUGGAAGAGGAUACUGGAGUGAUGCGCAUCGUCAAGCCGUCAAAUUUGUUUCUCAAUUGACCCUCGAAGAAAAAGUCAGCUUGACUGCGGGAUAUCCAUCCGGAACGGGUUGUAGUGGAUUCUUGAACCCCAUUGAUCGUCUGAAUUUCCCCGGAAUCUGCGUAUCAGAUGCUGGCAAUGGCCUGCGAGGUACCGAGCUCGUCUCCUCGUGGCCUGGAGGCAUCCACGUCGGCGCUUCGUGGAAUCGGGAACUGGCAUACGAUAGAGGAGAAGGGAUGGGCGGAGAAUACCAGAAGAAGGGCGUCAACAUGAUGCUUGGGCCGGUCGUGGGACCCAUUGGACGAGUUGUCCAGGGUGGAAGAGUCUGGGAGGGCUUUGGGACGGACCCGUACCUUUCUGGUCAGCUCACCUACGAGACUGUACUAGGUGUUCAGAGUACUGGUGUGGGGACCAGCACAAAGCACUUUAUCGGUAAUGAGCAAGAGGACAACAGGAACCCUGAAGGCGAUAUUGCUUCAGUUUCUUCCAACAUUGACGACAAGACGAUGCACGAGCUGUAUCUAUGGCCUUUCGUUGACGCUGUUCGGGCUGGAACAACCAAUAUCAUGUGCUCUUAUCAGAGACUGAACAACUCGUACGGAUGUCAGAACAGCAAAACUCUCAACGGGCUUCUGAAAACGGAGUUGGCGUUCCAGGGCUAUGUGAUGUCUGAUUGGGGAGCGAUCCAUGGUGGCGUAGCUGCUGCCGAGGCGGGUCUCGAUACUGCCUUCCCCGAUGAUGGGGGAUAUUGGGGCGAGAAUCUCGUACAGGCUGUUCAGAAUGGAUCAUUGCCACAGGCGCGAGUUGACGACAUGGUCACAAGGAUGAUGGCCGCGUAUUACUACCUCGACCAGCAAAAGCACUUUGAGAAGCCGGGAAUCGGUAUGCCAGGGGAUCUCACAGCUCCUCACGUUGCGAUCGAUGCCCGUGAUAAGCGAUUCAAGAAGACUCUGUACGAAGGAGCGGUCGAAGGUCACGUCUUGCUCAAAAAUGAAGGUCACGCUCUACCGCUGAAGAAGCCCAAAAUACUGUCCAUCUUCGGAUUCUCCGCUCGAGCCACGGACCAGAACUCUUUAUCGGACGGCUGGCUCGGGGGCUGGGCACCUUACGAAUCGCAAGGCCCUCAUCCUGGGCGAUCAGUAGCAAUCAAUGGGACAUUGAUCACCGCUGGUGGGUCCGGAGCGUCUUCCCUCGGUAUCAUGUCUUCUCCCAUGGACGCCAUCACUGCUCAGGCAUGGGAAGAUGAUACGGAUCUCUUCUGGGAUUUUACGACAGACUCUCCUCGACUCAGUGGCGCUUCCGACGCUUGCCUGGUCAUGAUCAACCAAUUCAGUACGGAAGGCUUUGACCGACCUGGACUCGCGAGUGACUAUGCUGAUCGACUCGUCAACAACGUCGCAGACAAGUGUAACAACACAAUCGUGGUGAUGCACAAUGUCGCUGUGGCGUUAGUGGAGGAAUGGAUCAAUCACCCGAAUGUCAGAGCCGUCGUAUUUGCUCAUCUGCCGGGACAAUACUCUGGUAAAGCCCUGGUCGACCUGUUAUACGGCCGAGAGAACUUUUCCGGUCGUUUACCGUUCACCGUCGCCAAGAAGGCGGAGGACUAUGGCGAAACUUUGAGACCCAGUCGCGGGGAAGGUGUAUAUGAACGAUUCCCUCAAUCAGAUUUCACGGAGGGCGUUCUGAUCGACUACAAGCGAUUCGACAGUCUCGACAUCGAACCAAGGUAUCAUUUCGGAUACGGAUUAUCCUACACCUCUUUCGAAUACUCUCACCUGAAGGUUGCAUUGGCCCAUCACCACGAGGGACAUCACGGACACCAUGCACAGCGAUCGCAAGUUGAUGAUGCUUCAGCAAUUCUUGCUUGGUCAGAAUAUCCUUCCGGUCCGGUACUUCCAGGAGGGCAUGAGACUCUCUUCGAAGUGCUUGUUGAGGCGAGCGCGCGAGUCAAGAAUGUAGGCCACAAGGAUGGCAAAGAAGUGGCUCAACUGUACUUGUCCAUACCUGGCUCGGGCCAAGAUGGAAAUCCAGUCAAACAACUUCGAGGUUUCCACAAGCAGCAUAUCUCUGCCGGUGACGAGGAGACAUUCAAGUUCCUCCUCACUCGUCGAGAUCUGAGCACUUGGGAUGUCGUGGCGCAAAAGUGGAAGUUGCAGAAGGGGACGUACAAAAUCAUGGUCGGGCGAAACAGUGGAGACCUUCCUCUCGAACACGAGUUUGACAUUUAG